AUGUCCGCAAACACCCACGAAGGUUCCGGCAACGAGGGCUUCUUCUUAACUCCGCAUCAGCAGAGCCUGCUGUUUGCCGCCCUCAACACCAACAAGCAGGCCGCUUCUGCUGCAGCCGCGCCGAACCCAGUCUCUCUCUCCCCCAGCUCCUUCAAGAACUCGCCCGGGAGCAAUGUCGCCCUCGCUGGAGGCUAUCAGGAAAGCCCGUUCCUCGACAACUAUGAAUACGAGUUUGGCGAUUCCAGCUUUGACUUUUCCUUUGCUGGCAACGAGCAGGGUGACAUGAUUGGUGACAUGCCCUCCACCUCUGACAAGUCCGAUACGCCCGAUGAUGAUUCUCAUGAGAAGCGAAGCCAUCCCGAUGAGGAUGACGACGACCUCGAGAAUGACGCCAAAAGGCACGAGGGCAGCGAAAAGGUCCCUAAGAAGCCUGGCCGCAAGCCGCUGACCUCGGAGCCUACUUCGAAACGCAAGGCGCAGAACCGCGCUGCCCAGAGGGCGUUCCGCGAGAGAAAGGAGAAGCAUCUCAAGGACCUCGAGACCAAGGUCGAAGAGCUGGAAAAGGCUUCUGAGGCUGCCAACCACGAAAACUCCAAGCUUCGAGCUCAGGUUGACCGCAUGAACACAGAGCUCAAGCAGUACAAGCAAAAGAUGACUGUGCUUGCCCAGAAGUCUUCGCCCCAGAGCACGCCCUAUGGCGGCGCUGCUGUCAACAAGAUGAGCGACGUCAACUUCCAGUUCGAGUUCCCCAAGUUUGGCGCCCUUCCCGGGCCGCCCCUGAACAAACCCCAGAGAUCUGUGUCGCAGCCUCUUAGCCCGCAGAAUGGCACCCAGGUCUCUAGCCCUGCCGUUAGCCUGGGCAGUGACAUGAAAUCCCCCCAGCAGUCCGCCGCACAGUUCAAGGAAGACCUGGCCAAGUUUUCAAACAUAUUUUCGCCUUCGAUGGCCAGCUCCGUCGGCAAUGGCUCUCGCGCCAGCGUUGACUCUGCCAACUACAGCUUCCCUGGGGCUACGAGCUCACCAUCUGCGUCCUCCAACUCCAAUGCUGGACCUAGCUCGUCUUGCGGAACCUCUCCCGAACCCUUCACACAGUCUCCCAUGGGAUUCAAGCCCAUCGACGCCCUCAGCACAAUUGGCGAGGAACAGCUUUCGACGAACAACUCACAGCAGACGUUUAACAACUUUGCCAAUGUCGACUUUGGCAAUAACGGCCUCGACUGGCUUGCGCAGCAGAAUGGCGGCCAAUUCGAUCCUCAGCUGUUCGGAGGCUACAGAGAACCCCAGCAAAACAUCAUGGCCAACCCUUCAUUUGACGACUUCUUCACCGACGCUUUUGACGCCGACUUCCUCACGCCCUUCAACACUGCCCCCAACCCCAACUUGGCUAAAAAGAGCAAUCUCAUUGCCGAGAUUGAUGCCAAGCAGAAUGAUGUUGAUGACCUGCCGCCGGCAACUAGCAAGAACAUAAAAGCCCACGAGGUUUGGGAGAAGCUACAAGAGUGCCCCAAGGCCCAGAGCGGCGAUAUCGAUCUCGACGGCCUGUGCAGUGAGCUCACCAAGAAGGCCAAGUGCUCUGGUAGCGGUCCUGUCGUGGGCGAGGUUGACUUUGACACCAUUCUCAAAAAGUACAUGGGCAAAGAUGUCGCCUCGGAAUGUGUCGCCGACAAGCUCGGCAUCGAAGUGACCAGGAACAAGGUUGCCGCCAAGAAAUAG